AUGCAGGCCCUCUUAGGUACAGCCAAACUGGUUUCCCCUAUGGGUAAUGACCUUGACUUCGUGGACUCUGAAUUUCGUUACUCACUAUUCCCAGUUGUCUAUGGCAUCAUCUUCAUCCUGGGCCUUUUUGCUAACCUCUAUGUGCUUAUUGUUCUGCGGGGACUGCGUGAAGAAGAUGCCAUGGGUGAAAUUCGAAUCUACAUGACAAACCUGACCAUUGCUGACCUCCUUUUUGUGUGUGCCCUCCCUCCCUGGAUUGGAUAUUAUGUCCGCCAUGGUAACUGGAUCUACUCAGACUUCACGUGCCGUCUGACCGGCUCCUUGUUCUUCAUCAACACCUACUGCUCUAUCCUCUUUCUGGGUGCCAUCAGCCUCAACAGAUACUGGGCAGUGACCCGGCCUCUGGACGCAGCCUCUUCAGACCGCAGAUGCCGUGGGAUCGCCGUGUCUGUCUUCAUCUGGGUGCUGACCACCGCAAUGGCUGUACCAUCUCUGGCCUCUCCAGGGACCAACACUGAUGGGAAUAUCACUCGCUGUUUUGAAGGAUACCAGAAUCAAACGGAUUCUGAGAAGAAAGCAGUGGCUGCCACUCAUUUCGCAAUAAUUGGGAUGUUUAUUGUCAUCUUUUUCCUUGUUGUGGUGUGUAAUAUCCUUAUUGCUAAAGCGUUACUCUCUGGAAGUCCACCUUCGUUGGAAUACAAGUCAGCCAAAACAAUUUCUGGAAAGUCCAACAGCCACUUUUGCUUUCUGUCUAAAAGGCCCAAGGGUGCAAAACAGAAAGCUCUGCAGAUGUUGUUGGCUGUAGUUGGAGUGUUUGUUCUCUGUUUCCUGCCCCACCAUGUCAUUCAAGGACUCUGGACACUGGCAGUGCUGCAGAUCAAAGAGGGCUGGGGCCAUGUGGACUGGGACAAGAAGACUUGUCAGGCGCUCAACGACGCACACCAGAUCACUUUGAUUCUGAUGAACCUGAACUGCAUUUUGGAUCCUGUGGUUUAUUAUUUUUCCACAAAGAAGUUUAAAGGAUUUAUAAUGAGUCACAUUAAGAAGUUAAAACAGAUAAGUGAGUGCUCAAAGACCACACAGUAGGAACCAGAGUCAAUGACCCCAGGGGCAACACUCAAAAACAGAAAUAUAACAUAUUUAACAUUUAUAUAGAAGUGUGAAUAUUUCCUUGAUAUGAAACUGUUCAUGUUGCGUUUGUAAUAUGCCAAAGACUUGUUUUUGUAAGCAUUAUCUACUCCCUUGUGCUUUGCACGUUUGUCUGUCUUUGCCUGAACUGGUUUUAACCUGCACUGAUCAACAAGAUACGACAGAGAGCUAUGAUGUACUUCCUAAAGAAACAUUGUAAGCUAAAAUAAAAGUUUUUAUGGAGCUUUAAGGCAUCAAAGGUAGCCUUUGCAGCAACCUUACAGAGAAGGUAUUUUUCCGUAGCCAGGCAGAGAUUUUGACACAACUCUGGAGUGACAUGACAUCUUGCCCUGUCUCCUGAGGCGGUGUCUUUUACUGGAAGUGUUUGGAGCUAGAGAGCUCAGGUUGUAAAUCAGCACAUAUGGCCAAAACAGAAUCAGGAAGAUCAGGCGGGAAUGUCUCAGGAUAGAGAGGGGGCCCCAGCUGAGGAGCAGGAACUGGUGGAUGUCAGGGGCUGGUCACUUAAUGAGAACCAGGCUAUAGAACCAGCUCUGAGGUGCUGGGCAGCAUACUCUUUGUAUGACUUCACUUUUGUGACAUUUAGCCUCAAGGACUGAUAACCUCAGUGAGGGGAGACUAAAGGCUGGUGGACUAGGAUUCAGGCUAGGUACCUGCAGGCCCAAUGACAGCUGAAUAGUCUCAUUCGUUAUUUCUAGGUGUGUAACCAAGGUCUUACCUCCAACAUGUCUUAUCUCAGAAGGAAGAAAAGUACAUAGGAGAUUUGCAUGACUCCACAGAAAAUGCCCUAGAAUACUUUUUGUCUUCGGUUGCAGGGCUUGGGUUAAUCUGUGAAUCAUCUUGAUUGUUUUUUGGUAAAGAAGUGCAAAAGUUUCAAUAAACUAUAACCAGCGUUUAUGAUGCAUAAUUGGUGAUUUAGAUAGCACAGACAGAUUUGAAUUUGCACUGAUUACACUCCCUGCUCCUGACCAAAGAAAUUAAACCUGUCCUAAAUAACAGCACCUACUCAGAAGCAUUUAAAACACACUGUAGAAAUGACAAAUAAAAUAUGUUGUUAUCCUACAAAAGUAGACUAUAACAGAAUGGAUAAACUAAUCCAAUUUAUACAACCUGCAUAUACAGUGAAACAUCUGAAAACCUGAUGUAAGUCAAAUAAGCUCCCUUUGGGAUGCACACCAGCCCCUGAGCUUAACGCCGAUUAGGAUCCUGAUGCUGUUGAAAAAAAAAAGAAAGAGAGAGACUUCUGCACCUCCUUUAUGCACAACUUUGCCACCCCCAUGUGGUUAAAACAUGUUCCUGCACACAAACUUCAGCUGCUGAUGCUGUUUUUUUCCACUAGCAUGACCGUGGGUUGAACUUCCUUAGUGUCUAAAUGAUAAUCUUAAGUAUUUCUAAUUACAACAGAGACUCCCAUGAUAAUUAUACAAUUGAAUUAUCUUUAUUUAAUUGUAUUGCUACACACAAUUUUAUAGUAACAGUAAUGCUUAUUGAGAAGACUGAGACGAUUGGUGGUUUAAUUCCAGGUCCCACUGUUCUCUUGUCAAAGUGUCGUUUCCAAAGACCCCAAACUGAAGGUCGCUUUAUAACGCAGCCUCUGUGAUCAGUAUGUGAAUGUGACAUGUUUUGUAAAACGACAUGAGUGGUCAGCCAACCAGAGAGAGUGCGACAUAGGUACACUCAGUUACUUUUUCAUGUGGUAAAGGUUCCAUCAAAGUUGGAGGUACUUGUGAAUUUUGAUGACGGUAACAAAAUACAAGAGGAAAAGAAUGUGUGUUGCAUCAUACCGGGGUUUCCCAACUUGGUCAAAAAUGUUGACACCUUCUCUGUCUUGACUUUCUAAGCACUCCCACAUUAAGACAUGAAAACACACCCAUUACUUACGUUAAACUGAACUUUAUAGUUGUUGUGGCGUUCACAGCGUUCACAUCCUUUGAGAUUUCGUCGGAAGCAGCUUGGUAAGUUGACAGCCUGUCAUUUACAGUUUGCUUGAAAAAGUUAGGUCAUGUCAAGGCAAGUAGAUCACACCAGGCUUGUUUUAAAUGUCAGUGAGCUGGUUUUAUGUUGGUAUUCAUAAGUUGGGGAUUUUAGAUCAAGGGUUAUUUUCUUAAAACUUCCUAGAGAACAAAGUGACACCUUUUCUGUCUGUCGAUUUUGUCUUGGAUACACAUAUGGUGUUUUUUUUCUGGUUAAACAUCUAAUUUCAGGUUUUCUCAGAUUUCUCAAAUGUAUCACUCACUUUAAAAUCUUGCUGUAAAUAAAGAGGCAGAGAGAAAGAGAAAGAUAUCACUGGCAAUAUAAAUCUAUUUUAUAAACAAUUAAGAAACCUUUACAUGAAAAAAUAUUAAGUAAAGCCAAUAAUGGGUGAUUCAGUGUAAACUCAAUCAAGGCUGCAGUUUCCAGAAAGACAUGUAAUCCAAAUGACACUGUUGCUUUUCUUUUCUCUUUCAUAGACAGAGAUGUUUAACUCAACAACACAACAAGUCCCUGAUACGGGAACCUCAGGUGUGGGCCCUCAAGCGGCUGUUAGCUCAACCUUCCUGGACUCUGAGUUUCGUUACAUCCUCUUCCCAGUUGCCUAUGGCAUCAUUUUCAUCCUCGGCCUCCUUGCCAACAUUUACGUGUUGUUUGUCCUGCGUUGCCUACGUGGCGCAAAGUCCAUGGGUGAAAUUCGAAUCUACAUGACAAACCUGACCAUUGCUGACCUCCUUUUUGUGUGUGCCCUCCCUCCCUGGAUUGGAUAUUAUGUCCGCCAUGGUAACUGGAUCUACUCAGACUUCACGUGCCGUCUGACCGGCUCCUUGUUCUUCAUCAACACCUACUGCUCUAUCCUCUUUCUGGGUGCCAUCAGCCUCAACAGAUACUGGGCAGUGACCCGGCCUCUGGACGCAGCCUCUUCAGACCACAGAUGCCGUGGGAUCACCGUGUCUGUCUUCAUCUGGUUGCUGACCACCGCAAUGGCUGUACCAUCUCUGGCCUCUCCAGGGACCAACACUGACGGGAAUAUCACUCGCUGUUUUGAAGGAUACCAAAAUCAAACGGAUUCUGAGAAGAAAAAAGUUGCUGCCACUCAUUUUGCAAUAAUUGGGAUGUUUAUUGUCAUCUUUUUCCUUGUGGUGGUGUGUAAUUUCCUAAUUGCACAGGCACUCCUUUCUCAAAACCUUCCCCCAUCAGAAUUCAGGUCUGCAACAAUGACAUCGAGAAAAUCCAAUGGCGCAUCCUCCUCAUUCAGAAAGCCAAGAGGAGUAAAACGGAGGGCUCUGCAGAUGUUGUUGGCUGUGGUUGGGGUGUUUGUUUUUUGUUUCCUGCCCCACCAUGUCAUUCAAGGGCUCUGGACCCUUGCGGUGCUACAGAUCACAGAAGGCUGGGGCCAUGUGGACUGGGGGCAGAAAACUCGUCAAGUGCUUAAUGAUGCACAUCAGAUCACCUAUUUUCUCAUGGGCCUGAACUGCAUUUUGGACCCUGUGGUUUAUUGUUUUGCCACAAGGAAAUUUAGAAGAUUUAUUAUGUCUCAUAUCAAGAGGAUAGGAAAGGGAGAAGGGUGCUCGCACACGGUCACCUCUCAGCUUUCUAUGGACAGCAGAAAUCAGAGCCACAGACUCCAGAACGAGAUACAACAGCCUGAAAUGGACUGA